AAUAGACCCUCCUCACUUUACAAGUUCUUGCAUCAAACUUCCAGUCUUUUAGAGGGUAGAAAGGUGAAAAUAAUGACAAGGUGUUGUCUUGUGUUGACUGUAGUUCUAGCAAUAUCGGUUUAUGCCAUCACUGCUAGAGACGUUCCAAAAGAAAAUAAAGAUACUAUUGGUCUAACGGACCAAAAGAAUGUUUAUACUUUUGGUGGAACCGGCGGGUAUAGUGGCUUUGGGAACAACGGUUUGCCCAUUGGCGGGAUGGGAACCGGAGUUGGUGUAGGUGGUGAUUUUGGGGGUGCAAAUGGUGUUGGUGGUGUCGGUAUGGGAUAUCAAUUUGGUGGACCUGGUGGCCCGGCCGGUGGUGUGGGAACUUUUGGAGGUCUUGGUAACGGCUUUGGUGGAUUACCACCUCUCGGUGGUGGUGGUAUUGGUGGUGGGGGUCCUGUGGGUGGUGGUGUAGGUGGCGGCGUGCUCCCUCAUCCAUAGAGUUGUUUUGUGGUCUCUACUUUCCAGCCGGUAAUAAUGUUCGGUUUGUUUGUGUGAGAGGGUAUGUUUUGGUUUGUUUGUGUGUUACUAUGUUAGUACCUCUUUUUUAAGUCAAUGUAUCUUUGUUGUUUCUCAUGUCGUGUUUCUAGAAUAUUCGAACGUCUAUUCAUAUUAGCUUAUUUAGUUUCAGUUUA